CCCUCUGUCUCUUUCUCCUCAGAAUCCACAACCCUGGGGAAUGGCUCAUCUCUUUCUGUCCUGGAGGGUCAAUCUCUGCAUCUGCUCUGUGUCGUCGACAGCCGUCCCCCUGCCAGGCUGAGCUGGUCCUGGGGGAACCUGACCCUGUAUCCCCCGCAGACCGUGGACCCUGGGGUGCUGGAGCUGUCUGCAGAGCACCUCAGGGGGGGAGGGGAAUUCACCUGCCGUGCUCAGAACCCUCUGGGCUCCCAGCACAUCUCCCUGAGCCUGUCACUGCAGAGGAGGUCAGGGCCCAUGGCCCAGGUGGUCCUGGUGGCCAUCUGGGAGGUGGCUGUCAAGAUCCUGCUCCUCGGCCUCUGCCUCAUCUUGCUCAGAGUGAGGUCCUGCAGGAAGAGGGCAGAAAGGCCAGCUAUGGGCGAGGAGCUUGGAAACACUGUCACCAGUUAGUCUCAGGUCAGUGACACGGUCUCCGCAUCCCACAUGAUCAGGGACCCCCCUCUCUUCAAGGCCCCAGGUUGGCCACCUCCCCUUGGCUGCAGGUGA